GCGGUUAUAUCCUUGUUUAUGUGCUUCAAUCACUGAAGGAUAAAUAACAGGUAGCUAGUUCAGUGCUCCAUCUCUCGUCGGGACCAGAAAAUAUGAUUUAGUAUAUUACCCAGCACGCUGGGACUUAAUUUCUAUUGCUUUAUUUUGUCGUAUUUUCCCCAGAUGUUAUAGACACUGCAGUGUUCUUGGGAGCGAAAUAAAAAGGAAAAAAACGCCCCUUUUUAGAAGUACAUGUAAAAUUAAGAGGCUGGUGAGCACGUUUCUCAUCGCCGUCCUCGAUAGAAUGACAGACUGCUGAGGGGCUGCCGCCGAGAUGGACCGGAGCCCUUUUCAUCGACACAAAAACCGGGGCGCACAUGUAAACGCUUAAAAAAGAGAGGAAAAAGACACUUCUGAGAUGGAAUGGUGCAAGCAGCUGCUGUCGGUUUCCACGUACUGAAAACAGACAGCACAAUGGAGAUACAUCCAAUAUGCACCAAGCUCUGCCAGCACAAGCCCCACGACUUGAAAGACGACGUGUCGGAGAAGCAGUGUCCCGUCACCGUCAAUCCACGUCACAUGAAGAAAGCCUUCAAAGUAAUGAAUGAAUUACGCAGCCAGAACCUGUUGUGUGACGUAACGAUAGUCGCUGAGGACGUGGAGUUUGCUGCUCACAGAGUGGUGCUGGCCGCUGGCAGCCCGUAUUUCCAUGCGAUGUUCACAGGUGAGAUGAGCGAGAGCCGGGCAAAGCGCAUCAGGAUAAAGGAGAUGGACGGCUGGACCCUGGGGACGCUCAUCGACUACGUGUACACGGCGGAGAUACAGGUCACCGAGGAGAAUGUGCAGGUGCUGCUGCCGGCCGCCGGCCUGCUCCAGCUGCAGGACGUCAAGAAGGCCUGCUGCGAGUUCCUCAGCUCCCAGCUGCACCCCACCAACUGUCUGGGCAUCAGGGCCUUCGCCGACCUGCACGCCUGCACCGAGCUGCUCAACCAGGCCAACACGUUCGCAGAGCAGCACUUCUCGGAGGUGGUGCAGAGCGAGGAGUUCCUGAACCUGGGCAUAGAGCAGGUGUGCAGCCUCAUCGCCAGCGACAAGCUCACCAUCCCGUCGGAGGAGAAGGUGUUCGAGGCCGUGAUAGUCUGGGUCACCCACGACAAAGACGUGCGUCAGGAACACAUGUCUCACCUCAUGGAGCAUGUGCGUCUGCCCCUGCUGUCCAGGGAGUACCUGGUCCAGAGGGUGGAAGAGGAGACCUUGGUGAAGAACAGCAGCGCAUGUAAAGACUACCUGAUAGAGGCCAUGAAGUACCACCUUCUCCCGGCGGACCAGCGCUCGAUGAUGAAGACCAUCAGGACCAGGAUGAGGACGCCCAUCAGCCUUCCUAAGGUCAUGGUGGUGGUGGGAGGCCAGGCCCCCAAGGCCAUCCGCAGCGUGGAGUGCUAUGACUUCGAGGAGGAGCGUUGGUACCAAGUGGCGGAGCUGCCGUCCAGGAGGUGCAGAGCCGGUGUUGUCUACAUGGGUGGUAUCGUGUACGCGGUGGGCGGCUUUAAUGGUUCCCUGAGGGUGCGCACCGUGGACUCGUACGAGCCAGCCAAGGACCACUGGACAUGCGUGGCCAGCAUGCAGGACCGACGCAGCACGUUGGGCUCCGCGGUGCUCAGCGGGCUCCUCUAUGCCGUCGGCGGCUUCGACGGAAGCACAGGUCUGUCCAGCGUGGAGGCCUACAACGCGAAGACCAACGAAUGGUUUCACAUCGUGCCCAUGAACACCAGACGCAGCAGCGUGGGUGUCGGCGUGGUGGGCGGAAUGUUGUAUGCGGUCGGCGGGUAUGACGGAGCCACCAGGCAGUGCCUCAGCACCGUAGAGGCGUACAACCCCAAGACCAACGAGUGGACCUACAUUUCGGAGAUGAGCACAAGGCGCAGUGGGGCGGGCGUCGGGGUGCUGAAGGGCCUGCUGUACGCCGUCGGGGGACACGACGGGCCGCUGGUGAGGAAGAGCUGCGAGGUGUACGACCCCACCGUCAACGCCUGGAAGCAGGUGGCUGACAUGAACAUGUGUCGCCGGAACGCCGGUGUCUGCGCAGUCGGCAAUCUGCUGUACGUGAUCGGGGGAGACGACGGAUCCUGCAACCUGGCGUCUGUGGAGUAUUACAACCCAGGCACAGACAAAUGGACCCUUUUACCCUCCUGCAUGAGUACGGGCAGGAGUUACGCAGGUGUCACAGUGAUCGACAAGCCUUUAUGAUGAGGCGUGGACUUGCUGCUGUUUUGGAGCCGAAAGCUGUUGCUUUGACGCAGUUUGAGAGGCUGAGGCUUCUUGGGGGCUGCUACAUCCUGAGACGGUGUGAGCAGGCUCCUCUCUAAAGAAGCGGACGGCCACGCAGAUGCUGCACUUAACGGGAGCACUACAUGGGAUCAACCAUUAACACUUAACUUGUGAGAAGAUACUUAGCAUAAACACAUUUUAAACACAAGUGAAAUGUAACUGGUGCAACGCUAAGUUUCCCGUGGGACCAGGCGGCGGAUCUCAAGGUGGUCAGUUUGAGUUUGAAGCAAAAUAUGGGUUAAUAAUCCACGAAAAGAUAUUGUGUUGAAUUCUAAGAUGAAAACUGUCAGUGAAUAUUUGCUGUUGUGAGGGAUGAUUUAAUCUGAUUUAAUGAAGAACAGCUUACAACUGAGUGGUUGAUUUUGAUUUAGUUUUUUUUUUUGUGUAGCCUUGAUACACUGAAGUCCAAGGACAACUUACAACUAAGGCGCUGCGCUACAUUGGCAUGGUACAAGGAAUAAUAAAGAUGGCACGUUUAACGUAUUAAAGACAUGAACUUGAAUAUGCCUAAUUAAUACCGCUCUCGAAGGAUAUAAACGAUCGCGAGACUUCAGAUGCCAUAAUCGUGCGCUAGAAAAGUCGACUACAUAACUUUUCAUUUUUAUUGCGUCUUUAUUUCGAAGUAUUGGCCACGGUUGGUGCAUUUCAUUGUGUUAUCUCAUUGGAAUGCUUCGGCAUGCAUGUAACUGCAGAUUUCCGUCGGUUGCCUGAAUUUGAAAUCAGAUCUGCAUGGUCAUAAUCGGCUCAUUAAUCGUAGCUGCUGUUUUUACUACUGCUGUAUGUGAGUGAACAAUGAAUGUGACGUGCUAUUUUGAACCUUAUUGAAAUUACCAGUCGUUUAUUGCUUUCUCUUUCCUUCCGAUUUUUUUUCCGUCCUUGACCAGUUAAUUAUUGUCUAAUGUCCGUGUACAGAGGAAUGUUGUGCAAUGAUAUUUGAUCUAAUGUUUCAUAACGUUUUUUAUUAUUAAUAAAUAUGCUUCUUGUAUUUGGAA